UGGGCGGGAGGGAAAAAAAAACCGUUCUUAAAGAGAACUUCCUGGGCAGAGCAAGCCCGCCCCCAACCCCAGUCCCGCCUUGGAAACUAGGGAUAGCGCCUUAACGAGAAGUCGGUCGCCGCGUUCAGAGAAAAGCUGGGAACCUAGAGAUUCAGAGCUAACAACCUACAGACCAGUGCUUUUAGAGGAUGACUGUGGGGAUCUUUGCAAAUUGUACCUUCUGUUUGAAAGUCAAGCACUUACCUCGUCAACAGAAGAAAAAGCUACAAAAUGACAUUAAGGAGAAUGGUGGAAAGUUUUCCUUAUUAUUAAAUCCUCAGUGCACACAUAUAAUCUUAGAUAAUGCUGAUGUUCUGAGCCAGUAUCAACUGAAGUCUAUCCAAAAGAACCAUAUCCAUAUAACAAACCCAGAUUUUAUAUGGGAAUCUAUCAAAGAAAGGAGACUCUUGGACGUAACGAAUUAUGAUCCUAAUAAGUCACCAGACAUCACACCACCUCCUUGUCAAAAGGCAAGCAGUUCUGAAAUGACAACAGAUGAUCUGUCCCAGGACAACUCCACUGAGAAGGAAAACGUUGUGGAACUCACAGAGUCUUAUACAGAGAAUGCUGAAAUUCCUCAUUUUCCACAAGAUUUCGAAGUUGCAAAAUAUAACACCUUGGAAAAAGUUGGGGCGGAGGGUGGUAAGGCAGUGGCGGUGGUGGAACUGCAGUGCUCCCGGGAGGAGCCCGGGGACGCCGCCUUCCUGAUAUCCGCACACUUCCUCUCGGCCACCGGCGUCAAGACUAGAAGACACUUCUCUGUAAAGAAAACCUCUGCAGAUGCAAGUGAGCACUAUGAAAAUUACAUUGAAGAACUGAAGAAACAAGGAUUUCUGCUAAGGGAAUAUUUUACACCCGAAGCAACCCAGUUGGCAUCUGAAAAACUGCAGGCGUUGCUUUUGGAGGAGGUAAUGAAUUCAAGCACUCUGAGCAAAGAGGUGAGCGAUUUGGUGGAGAUGGUGUGGGCGGAAGCUCUCGGCCACCUGGAGCACACACUUCUCAAGCCUGCGAACAGGAUUAGUCUCAAUGACGUGAGCAAGGCAGAGGGAGUUCUCCUUCUAGUAAAGGCAGCCCUGAAAAAUGGAGAAACAGAAGAACAAUUGCAAAAUAUGAUGACCGAGUUCUACAGAUUAAUGCCUCACAGAGGCACAGCAACCGAAGAAGUGAACCUGAGACUAUUAGCUAAGAAAGAGGACCUCUGCCAGCUAAUAAGAGACAUGGUUAAUGUCUGUGAAACUAAUGUGUCCAGACCCAACCCGCCUUCUCUUGCCAAAUACCGAGCUUUGAGAUGCAAAAUUGAGCAUGUUGAACAGAACACUGAAGAAUUUUUCAGAGUUAGAAAAGAGGUUUUACAGAAUAAUCACAGUACAGGUCCAGUAGACAUCUUGCAGAUAUUUAGAGUUGGCAGAGUGAAUGAAGCCACAGAGUUUUUGAGCCAGCUUGGCAAUGUGAAGCCCUUACUGCAUGGAUCUCCCGUACAAAGCUUUGUAGGGAUCCUAUCCCGUGGGUUGCUUUUACCCAAAGUAGUUGAAGAUCGUGGCACAAAGAGAACAGACACUGGAAAUCUUGGGAGUGGGAUAUAUUUCAGCGAUUCACUCAGUACCGGUAUUAAGUACUCCCACCCGGGAGAGACCGAUGGCACCAGGCUCCUGGCUGUCUGUGACGUAGCCCUUGGAAAGUGUGCGGACUUACACAGAAAAGACUUCUCCUUGUCGGAAGCACCACCAGGUUAUGACAGUGUCCAUGGGGUUCGAGCAACAGCCACUGUCACCACGGACUUCGAGGAUGAUGAAUUUGUUGUGUAUAAAACCAAUCAGAUUAAAUUGAAAUAUAUCAUUAAAUUUUGCCUACCCGGAGAUGAAAUAAAGGACUUUCAUCCUUGUAAUACUACUGAAUUAGAAGAAUCCAGACCUGAGUUUUCAAAUUUUUCAAAGGUUGAAGAUUAUCAGUUACAAGAUGCCAAACCUUUCGGCAACAUCACGUCUGGCCUUCAGGAUUUCUCUGGCAAUUCAGUUCCUCUUGAGGAGGUUCACAUCAAAGGAAGAAUAAUAGACUUUGUAGCCCAGGUCAUUGUUUUUCAGACAUAUACAAAUCAAAGUUCUGUGCCCAUUGAGGCAAAAUAUAUUUUUCCCUUGGAUGAUAAGGCGGCUGUCUGUGGUUUUGAAGCAUUCAUCAAUGGGAAACACAUAGUAGGAGAGGUUAAAGAGAAGGAAGCAGCCCGCCGUGAAUACCGAGAAGCCAUCAGUCAAGGCCAUGGCGCUUACUUGAUGGACCAGGAUGCACCCGAUGUUUUUACUGUUAGUGUUGGAAAUCUACCCCCUAAGGCUAAGGUCCUGAUCAAAAUUACCUACAUCAUGGAACUCAGCAUCCAAGGCACCAGGGCCGUCUUCUUCAUGCCCGCCACCGUAGCACCCUGGCAACAGGACAGAGCUUUGAAUGAAAACAGUCAGGAUACAGUAGAGAAGAUUUAUGUAAAGGAAAUAGGAACAAAGCAAAGCUUCUCUUUGUGUAUGUCCAUUGAGAUGCCAUAUGUGAUUGAAUUCAUUUCUAGUGAUACACAUGAACUGAAACAAAAGAGUACAGACUGCAAAGCUGUAAUUAGCACCAUGGACGGUAGCUCCUUAGACAGCAAUGGAUUCUCCCUUCAUGUCGGUUUAUCUGAUGCACAUCUCCCAAGAAUGUGGGUCGAAAAACAUCCAGAAAAAGAAAGUGAGGCCUGCAUGCUUGUUUUUCAACCAGACCUCGAUAUCACACUCCCUGACCUAGCUGAGAACAAUGAAGUGAUUAUUUGUCUUGAUUGCUCCGCUUCCAUGGAGGGUGCGACAUUCUUGCAAGCCAAGCAAAUUGCCUUAUAUGCACUGUCCUUGGUGGGAAAGAAGCAAAAGAUAAACAUUGUCAAGUUUGGCACAGGUUACAAGGAAUUAUUUUCAUAUCCUAAGUACAUCACAAGCAACAAUGUGCCAUCAGAGUUCAUUAUGUCUGCUACACCUACCAUGGGAAAUACAGACUUCUGGAAAACACUCCGGUAUUUAAAUUUACUGUACCCUUCUCAAGGGUUACGGAACAUUCUCCUUAUAUCUGAUGGGCACCUCCAGAAUGAGAGUCUGACAUUGCAGCUUGUGAAAAGAAAUGUCCGACACACCAGGCUGUUCUCCUGUGGUGUUGGUUCUACAGCAAAUCGUCAUAUCUUAAGGACUUUGUCCCAGUACGGUGCUGGAGUAUUUGAGUAUUUUAACUCAAAAUCCAAACACAGUUGGAAAAAACAGAUAGAAGACCAGAUGACCCGGUUGCAUUCUCCAAGUUGUCACUCUGUCUCCGUCAAGUGGCAGCAGCUAAGUGCAGAUGCACCUGAACCCCUGCAGGCCCCAGCCCAGGUGCAGUCCUUGUUCCUCAACCAUCGACUCCUUGUCUACGGAUUUAUUCCUCAUUGCACACAGGCAACUCUGUGUGCAUUAAUUCAAGAGAAAGAAUUUUCUACAAUGGUAUCAACUACUGAACUUCAGAAGACAACUGGAACUAUGAUACACAAGCUGACAGCGCGAGCUCUGAUCCGAGAUUAUGAAGAUGGCAUUCUCCAUGAAAAUGAAACGAAUCAUGAGAUGAAGAAGCAAAUGUUAAAAUCUCUGAUUAUUAAACUCAGUAAAGAAAACUCUCUCAUAACACAAUUUACAAGCUUUGUGGCAGUUGAGAAAAGGGAUGGUAAGGAGGCACCUUCUCCUAAUAUUCCAAAUAUUAUGGAACUUAUUGCCAAAGAGGAUGUAGAUUUCCUGCCAUACAUGAGCUGGCAGGAGGAGCAACCAGAUGCCAGUGUGGUACAGCCUCUUUCAGCAUUCUCUACACGGAAUGAAGAGCUGCGACAUCAUUUGACUAACAGAAAACUUGGAUCACCUGAGCUGGAAGUUUUUGAAGAUUUUGAAAAGGGUUGCUUCAGUUCCCCACUAUCAGAAAAAUCUUUAACACUCAAUUUCACAUGGGAAGAUGUGGAAAUGCCAUUGGAUAUAAGUCAGAUGGAUUCAUUUAAGCAAACAGGAACUGAACCAUUAUGUAGAAGUGACCCUUUCCUAAAACCGGGUGCUUGCAGUAUUUCUGCUGCCCAGAGGUUAGCCUGUUUGGAAGUCGAGCCCGUAAUUGGUUCUCGUUUCCACUGUCCUUCCCACUUACAUCGUUCAAAGGUUUGUCUUGCUUCUCCUGCUAGCUCUGAACAGUCUGGUCCAUCUGAGAAUGACCAAGACCUUCAAACUGACAGUUGUAGUGAUUCUUCCCUUGAGUCAUCUACCGCUUUCAGACUGUCUGUCCUACCUUUGAGCUCCUUUGCUUGUGUUCCUUAUUCAGGUGACUCAUGUAACUUUGGACAGGUUGAUCUACCUUACAGUUAUCAAGGUCAUAAGACUGACAAUUGUGCUAGCAAUUCUCUUGAGUUGGACUCUCCCCCACAGCCGAAUACUUUUUUCUCUCCUCCUAGAGUUCCUUCCUCUGGUCUAUCCAGAGAGUUUGACUUUCAUUACCCUUCUGGUUCUCCUCUUUAUUUUCAAAAUUCCUCAGUUCAUUCGAGCACUGCUUACAAGCCACAGAUAGAUCUGUUUGCUAACACAGAAUUGGAGGCUUCUUCAGCAAAUGUUUGUGCCAUAAUUUCAUCAUCUACUUCAAGUAAUGGGCAUUUUUCUGAAACAAAAAAUGUUGAAACACCAAGAUUUCAGAAACGUCGUUUGGCAAAAUCUGUUCUAACAGGAAGUGCCUUUACUGCAAGCUUUCAGGCACAAAAAGAUGAACAAAGCUGGAUGAAUUUUGUGCCUUGGACCAAACUCUUCAGUCUACAAACUGAGGAUGGCUUCUGGAAACUUACAUCAGAACUGGGAUUUAUUUUAAACCUUAAUACAAAUAUUUUAAACAGCUUUCUUGAACAAAAAGGCAUUAGAUCUCUAGGUAUAAAAGGAAGCGAGCGUCUCCUGGACCUGAUCGCCACCUUUCUGGUACUGCAGUUUCUUCGUACCAAGUUGGAACAAAAGGGAAUAGUCUUCAAAUCACUGAUGAAGUUGGAUGAUGCUUCCGUUUCCAGAAAUAUUCCCUGGGCUUUUGAAGAAAUAAAGAAAGCAAGUGAGUGGGUAAGAAGAACUGAAGGACAAUAUCCAUCUAUCUGCCAACGGCUUGAAUUGGGUCAAGACUGGGACUCUGCAACUAAGCAGCUAUUGGGGAUCCAAACCAUAGACACCACUUCACCUCUUCACAGAGUUCUUAAUUACAAUCAAGGCUGAAUCAACUGAAGUUGUAUUUUAAACAUUAUUCAUGCUUCUAUGUGUAAAAUAAUCAGAUAUCAAUAGAUACCUAUAAUGAAGUUUAACUCAGAUUUUAUUCAAUGUAGCACUCACUUUAAACAGAAACAGAAUUGAUUAUUUUAAUGAACUAACAAGUGAUAACCAAAUAAAUAUUACAAUAUUACAGAUUUUUUGUGUUUAAAUGCUUAAAGUAAUAAGAGAUACACCUGGCUGGUCCUGGAGCCUAUUUCCUUCUCCCCUUUAAGGAGUCUGGUAUAGAAUCUGGCCAGCUAGGCUGAGUAAGCUGGGGAGAAACAAGGCCUUUGGCUGAUGUCAGUGUUGCUGACAUGCCAGCCUGUUUCCAGGCCCUGAGUAUCUAGACCUUUGCCCUCGGUAUGCAUACUCCCUGCAUCCCAGUCUGUAGAUCUCUUGAUACAUUUUUUGUCACUCAGAGAAACUAGGUGUCUCGUGCGAUUCUUUCCAUGGAUCUUGCUUUUGGUAUUGCAUCUAAAAUCCUACAGUCAUGUAGAUUUCUUCCUAUGUUAUCUGGUAGAAGUUUUAUAAGGUUUGCAUUUUAUGUUAUGGUCUAUGAUCCAUUCUGAGUUAUUUUUUAUGAAGGUUGUAAGGUCUUUCCAUCUUCCCCUACACUACCAUUUCCAGGCCGUUACCUCUCUACCUUUAUGCAAAAACUUCUGUUUCUUUGAGGUUCAGUCUCUGGCCGUCCUCCAAUCUGUCCUCCUUGCUGUCAUUCACCAAAUGUUCAGUACCUCAACACGUUUACAUAUGGUUCAGGAUUGCCCUUUCUAUUGGCAGUCCUGCCUUCAUCUUGAGUGACUCCCCAAAUCCUAAUGUAUGACCCCUCCUAACUCCCUGGACUCGAACCACAGCUAUAAUUGAGUCUUGGCAGAACUCUUUGAUACCCAACGGAUAGCAAGGAAGCUUGUGAGGUGCUACCACGAGGCCUUCUCCCACCUGCCUAUCUCUCUGGGAGGCAGACAUGAGACCGUUUUUUAUCCCCUCCCAGUCCUGACAAGGCGUAAGGCUCAGAUACAGCUACAGACUAAAAAUCCUUACAGCUGCAUCUAGACUUGGCUCCUCAGCAUUGAUGUGUCCCACAACUCACUUUGCAGUUAUCUAGCUCCUUUUCGGGUGUGGGACAAGAACCAAGGGGAGCUGGCAUCUUUGACUAUCUUCCUCUUGCUGUUUAUAUAAGUAACAAAUCAUCUAAAUCUAAAGUGGCUUGUUGUAUCUUUACUGGCUAUAUCAAUCAGAUCUUGCCGUUGGCCUUGCUGCUUGACAUAAUCAUAGAAGAUAAACGCUUUUGUUUUAUUAGAUUAAGGGAUAAAAGAAUGAUACUUGGUAGCAGAGUGUAUGAAGGUUAACAGACUUCCUUGUGUUGUUAAUGAAAACGUGUACCUGGUAAAACAAAAUUUUGCAAUAUUUUUAAAAAAUUUUUUAAUGUUUAUUUUUGAGAGAGAGAGAGAGAGAGAGAGAGAGAAUGAGUGGGGGAGGGACUGAGAGAGAGGAAGACACAGAAUCCAAAGCGGACUCCAAGCUCUGAGCUGUCAGCACAGAGCCUGAUGCGGGGAUCAAACCCAUGAACCGUGAGAUCAUGACCUGAGCUGAAGUCAGAGCUUAACUAAGCCACCCAGGCACCCCUAAAAUUUUGCAAUAUUAAUCCAAAUUUAUUUUUUGCCUUAAUUUGGAUCUCCCAAAGUGCUCUCUGGAUCACCAAUUAGCUCUGGGAUCCCUCAAAUCAGUGAGACCACCUGAACAUUUAAUUAGUUAAUGUUUACAUAUGGUGAUUGCUGCUGAAACUCCUCAUUCAUUCAUUCAAUAUUUAUUGGGUACUCACUCUCUGACAGACCCUGUGCUAGGUGUGGGGGAUACAACAGAGAGAAGAAUCAGGUAUGGCUUCUGCCCCCUGGAGCCUAGACUACAGUGGGAGCAGACAAUAUAAAAAAUCAAUCGUCUAAUGCAUGCACGGUUACAGCUGUAGUGAGUGAUCAGGGAAGACUUUCUUGAGGAAGUGAUAAAUGGGAGUGGAUAUGUCAGGUAAGAGGGGAGAGAAAAGCAUUCUAGGCAAAAGGAACAGGAUGUACAAAGAUCCUGGGGGAUGAGCAGGUUAGCCUGACCAGGAGGCAAGUGUGGCUGGAGCAGAUAAAGGGAGGGGAGUGGGGUGAGCUGUGGUUGGAGCAAGGUUGGGUCCAGGCCAGGGAGGGCCUUGUCAGCCAUGUUGAGAAGUUCUGUCUCUCCAGGAGAGACAGAGUUCUCCAAGAGAACUCAGGGCUGCAGUUCUCUUUCAACAUAUUCCUUUUUAAACAAAUGUGCUUAUCAUUGUGUACAAUGACUACUUGGUAUUGUUUCCUAAUGAUAUACAUAUACUGAAGGAUUUACUACUUAGGUAAA